AAGAAACCGAACAAAUCAGCCCAUACCACCACCAAUGUUGACAUCCAACGAUAGAAACAAAUUACAAGAACAAGAAGCUAAACCAUCAAGGCGAUGUGCUAAAUCCCCCAACAAUCUCACUUCUGCCAUACAAAAUGUGCACUUUUCUGCAGGACGCGGCGCACCACCCAACCGCCGCCGCGAGCCACAUCCCGCCGCCGCUCAACUUGGCGCCCACGUUCCCGCCGGUGGGCGCGCCGGGAGGCUAUCCGCCAAUGCUGAUGGCGCUCUUGCUGCCCCCGGGUGCCGCGCCGCAGGGCUACUUUGACCAGAUGGCCAGCCAUCACCACCAUGCUGCCAUGCCAGCUGGUGCGGGCGGCCCAGGAUACCCGCCCGUGUCGGCUGCGACGCACGCGUCGGCCAUGGCGCAGAUGAACGCUGCUGCUGGCGGAUCGCCCAUCUCGCCAAUGACGCGCACCACGUCCACGAGCUACAUUGCAUCGCCGCUGUCGGGCGGUGCUCCGGGCUCCCCUGCGCUCCAGCACCGCAUGUCGAUGAUGGUUGGCGGUGCCAACAAGCCGACCUUGCUCCCGGCGCGCAACUUUAACGCGGAAAUGGACGCCAAGGCUCUCCGCAAGGCCUUCAAGGGUCUGGGCACGGACGAUCGCAAGGUCAUCUCGGUGCUCACCUCGCGUGUGCUUGAGCAGCGUCUCGCCAUCAAGCAGGCGUUCGACGCCAACUUUGGCCGCGACUUUGUCAAGGACCUGCGCGGCGAGACGAGCGGCGACUUCCGCGAUUUGCUGAUUGCCCUGUUGACGCCGUUGCCCGAGCUGGACGCCUUCUACCUGCACAAGGCCAUGAAGGGUCUCGGCACGAACGACACCACCGUCAUUGAGAUUAUCGCCACCCGCACCAAUGGCCAAAUCCGCGCCAUCCGCGAAGCCUACUCGCGCGUGUACAACCGCGAUCUCGAGACGGACGUCAAGUCGGAAACCUCGGGCGACUACCGCAACCUCCUCGUUGCCCUGCUGCAAGCGCGUCGCGAGGAAGGCAAGGCCGUGGACGCCGCUGCUGCCAAGGCUGAUGCCACCGCCCUCUAUCGCGCCGGCGAGUCGCGUGUGGGCACGGACGAGAACGUCUUCAUUUCGAUUCUCGCCACUCGCAGCAGCGAGCACUUGCGCACCGUCUUUGACGACUACGCCAAGCUGUCCGACCACAGCUUUGAAAAGACGGUGGAGCGCGAAUUCUCCUUCAACAUCCAAGCCGGUCUGCUCGCCAUUGCCAAGCACGUGCGCAACGCGCCGCUCUUCUUUGCCGAGCGCCUGUACAAGGCCAUGAAGGGCAUGGGCACGGACGACUCGACCCUCAUCCGCAUUGUCGUGGAGCACUGCGAGGUUGAUCUCGGAAACAUCAAGGACGAGUUCUACAAGGCCUACGGCCAGACGCUCGAGACGUUUGUGCGCGGCGACACGAGCGGCAACUACCGCACCGCGCUUCUGGGCCUCAUUGAGCAGGACACGUUCGAUCCCGAGAAGGACGCCAAGGCCCUCCGCAAGGCCAUGAAGGGCGUCGGCACCAACGAGGACAAGCUCGUCGACAUUCUCGGUGUGCGCAAGACCACCCAACGCCUUGCCAUCCGCACCACGUACGACCAAAUGUACGCUCGCGACCUCAUCAAGGAUCUCAAGUCCGAGACGUCCGGCAACUUCCAGCAGGCGCUGCUGACGCUCAUGAUGUCGCCUGCCGAGUUUGACGCGCGCAGCCUCAACCGUGCCGUCAAGGGCUUGGGCACGACCGACUCUGUGCUGAUGGAGAUUCUUUGCACCCGUUCCAACAUGGAGCUCAAGGCCAUCAAGGAGGCCUACCACAAGGAGUUUAGCAAGGACUUUGAGACCGACCUGAAGGAAGACACGUCGGGCGACUACCGCACGCUGCUGCUCACGCUGCUCCAGGGCCAGCGCUCCGAGUCGACUGCCAUCGAUGUCGCUCAGGCCAAGGCCGACGCCACCGCGCUCUACAAUGCCGGCGAGGACAAGGCUGGCACGGACGAGGCUGUCUUUAUUCGCACGCUCACUCAGCGUCCCAUCAACCAGCUGCGCAUCACCUUUGAAGAGUAUGCGCGCUUGUGCGAGUACGACAUUGAAAAGUCGAUCAAGCGCGAGAUGAGCUUCAACCUCAAGAAGGCCCUCAUUACGAUUGUCCGCUACGUUCGCUCUGCUCCCGACUACUUUGCUGAGGUCCUGCACGAGGCCAUGCGUGGCAUUGGCACGAACGACGACACCCUCCAGCGCGUCAUCAUCACUCGCGCCGAGAACGACCUGAACGCCAUCCGCGAGUCCUACUUUGCCCAGUACGACGAGUCGCUGGAGGCUGCUGUCGAGUCUGAAACGUCGGGCGACUACAAGCGUCUGCUUCUGAAGCUCGUCGAGACCGCCCUGGAUGGCGAUUACAUGCGCGACACGGAGGCUCUGACGAUGAUUUACCAGGAGCAGCUGCGCGGUCUCAACAACGGCGUCCUGCCUCCCAACUCGACGCUCGGCUUUGGCAUGUGCAACUCUCGCGUCGCCGUGCCCAAGACCUUCAAGCCUCUGGCUCCUCCUCGCGCCACGGUCAAGCCGUAUCCCCGCUUCAACGCGGACGAGGACGCCAAGGCGCUGCGCAAGGCCAUGAAGGGCAUUGGCACGAACGACAAGAAGCUCAUCCAGUGCCUGUCUGGUCGCUCGUACGAGCAGCGCAUGGCCGUCAAGAAGGCGUACGAGACCAACCUGUCCAGGGACUUGCUCAAGGACCUCCGAAGCGAAACGUCGGGCAACUUCCGCGAAUGCCUGGUGGCGCUCAUGAUGUCCUCUGCCGAGUUUGAUGCCACUUGCCUGAACAAGGCCAUGAAGGGUCUGGGCACGGACGACACCGUCCUGAUUGAGAUUCUGUGCACGCGCUCCAAGCAGCAAAUCAUUGCCCUCAAGAAUGCCUACCGCACGCUGUUCACCUCCGAGCUCGAGGCCGAUCUCACCAAGGAGACCUCUGGACAGUACCUCAAGCUUCUCUUGGCGCUCUGCAAGGCCGAGCGCAGUGACAAUCCCCAGUACACCACCGAGGAGGCCAAGGCCGAUGCCCAGGCUCUGUACAAGGCUGGCGAAUCCAAGGUUGGCACCAACGAGGACGUCUUUAUCGAGAUUCUCACCCAGCGCUCGUACGAGCGUCUCCGCGGCGCCUUCUUUGAGUACACCAAGCUCGUCGACUACCAUCUGGAAAAGUCGAUCGAGCGCGAGUUCUCCUUCAACCUCAAGCGCGCUCUCGUCACGAUCGUGCGCAGCAUUCGCAACGGCUACGCCUUCUUUGCCGAGCGUCUGUACCGCUCCAUGAAGGGCAUUGGCACGGACGAUGCCUCCCUCAUCCGCAUUGUUGUUUCGCGCUCCGAAAUUGACAUGGGCAACAUUCGCGAGGAGUUUACCAAGACGUUCAAGCAAGAUUUGGCGGCAAUGGUCAAGGGCGACACGUCUGGCUCGUACCGCCAGCUGCUGAUUGAGCUCGUGGAAGAGGAGCGCACCUCCCCCGAAGAAGACGCCAAGCUGCUCCGCACGUGCUUCAAGGGCCUUGGCACCAACGAGGACAAACUGAGCCAGGCGCUUUGCCUGCGCACGACCGCUCAGCGUCAAAUGAUUCUGAACGCGUACAACCAAAUGUAUGCUCCCCGCACCAUCGUGCAGGACAUCAAGUCGGAGACCAGCGGCCAGUAUCGCAACACUUUGCUGGCGCUGAUGAUGACGCGCUCCGAGUACGACGCCGAGAGCAUCCACGAGUCCAUCAAGGGCCUGGGCACGGACGACUCCACGCUGAUUGAGAUUCUGUGCACUCGCUCCGGGCCCGAGAUCAAGGCCAUCCGCGAGUCCUUCCGCAAGCUGUUCAGCAAGGACAUGGAGCAGGAGGUCGGCGACGACGUUUCCGGCGACUUUAAGCAGCUCCUCGCCUCGCUCAUGAAGGGCGAGCGUCCCGACAGCAACCGCCCAGUCAACCCCAAGGACGCCACUGCCGACGCCCAGGCGCUCUACAAGGCGGGCGAAGGCAAGGUCGGCACCGACGAGGCGGCAUUCAUCACGAUUCUGACGCAGCGCAGCUUUGCCCACAUUCGCGCCGUGAUGGACGAGUAUGCCAAGCUGAGCCAGAACAGCCUUGAGGCUGCCAUCUCGAGCGAGAUGAGCUUCAACAUCAAGAAAGCCCUGACAACCAUCAUCAAGGUUGUUCGCGAUCCUGUCGAGUACUUUACUGCCCGCAGCCAAGCCAUGAUGAAGGGCUUGGGCACGAACGACUCUGGUUUGAUUCGCAUGAUUGUCACGCGCAACGAGGUCGACCUCUCUCAGAUUCGCGACCGCUACCUGCAACUCUACGGAAAGACGCUCGCCGCUGCCAUCGAGUCCGAGACCAGUGGCGACUACAUGCGCCUCCUGUUGCGAAUGGUGGAAGAGCCCCAGCGCUAAACAUUGGUUUUUUGUUUUGCCGCAUUUCACCUAGAAUGUUUUGUUUCUCUCCGCCCUCCCUCGGGUUGGAUUGUGCCUGUGAUGCGUUGUUUUAUUAUCUGAUUAAAAUUGUGUGUUGUUUCUGCAA